AUGGGUGUUACCGGAUCUCAAGAAAACAAUGAAAAAAAGCCAGUUGUACUUAUCGUUGGUGGUGGUUAUGCUGGCAUUCAAUGUGCCAAAUCCUUGGAUGAAACUGGUCUAUUUUUCGUCGUACUAAUUGAUCGAAAGUCUUAUUUUCUUCACAAUGUUGCCACAUUACGUGCUACAGUAGAAGAAAACUUUUCUCAAAAAAUACUUAUUCCAUACGACCGAUUGCUUACGAAUGGUUGUGUUGUAAAAGCUGAAGUAACAUCAAUCUCGCACGAUGGUGUUCAAGUUCAUGGACGCAACGAGCCAAUUCAUUUCGAUUAUUUAGUUAUAGCUACCGGUUCAUCUUAUGCUUUUCCUGGUAAAGUAGCUGAAACUGAAAUAUCAAACGCAAUCAGUAUUUAUAAUACUAUUCGAGAAAAAGUCAACGCAUCUCAAAAGAUACUAAUUAUCGGUGGUGGUCCAGUUGGCAUUGAACUAGCGGGUGAAAUCGCCACUGAUUUUCCUGGCAAAGAGAUUACUCUUGUACAUAGUCAACCAACAUUAUUAUAUCCAAACGUAUUUAAACAAAAGCUUUAUAGUAGUAUACAAGAUCAACUUGAAAUACUUAAUGUUAAAAUAAUCUUAAAUGAUCGAAUACAAUUACCAAGUAAUCAACAUACGAAUUAUAUUGAAGGAAAAAAUACUUAUGUUACACAAACAAGUAAAACAAGUGUAACAGCUGAUCUAACAUUUGUAUGUACAGGUGCACAUGUUAAUAAUAGAAGUCUAUUAAAUGGUUCGUUGAAAUCAAAAUUAAAUGCUCAAACCGGUCGACUUAUUGUUAAUAAUUAUUUACAAGUUGAUGGUUUUGAAAAUAUUUUUGCCGUCGGUGAUAUUAGCGACAAAGAAACCAAACUUGCAUAUUUAGCAGCCGAACAAGGAACGUAUCUGGGAAAAUUAAUUGCAUCGCUCCACAAGAAAAAAUCUAAUCCAAAAGAAUAUAAAGUUAAUCCAAAUGCAGCUAUUUUGAUAUCGAUUGGUCGUAAUGGAGGUGCUGGACAGUUGCCAUUCGGUGGAAUUACUAUAGGUGGUUUUCUUAUGAAACAAAUUAAAUCAAAAGAACUGUUUACAUCACGUUACCGUUCGUCGAUGAAUUAUGGUUCAGAUACUCAAUCAGAAACCAAAUCUCCGUAUUUAAAUAAACUUGAUUCAGUUCAAUCGAUAUUAUCAUUUAGUGAAGAAGAUGCUCGAAAUUUACUUGCAGGUUUACCGACCAAAGAACUUGAGCCAGGACAAGACUUUAGUUAG